AUGCUAUCAGGCAUCGUCCUUAUUUUGGGCAUUAUGGCAUGUCUGGGCGUUGUGCGGGCUUUCAUUUGUUACCGUGCCAAUGUAGUGAUGCAGAAUGGAAUGCGAAGGGCGGAUAUAGAUGCUCAACUUGCAGUACGGCGCCAUGGCUUCGGUGUGAAUGAGUCUUUUCCUUCGCAAGGGCGAUCGAAUGGCGUGUUUCGGCAGUGCUUUGGCUCAUUGAUGAUGACGUUUAGGCCAAAGUCAAAGCGGAAGGAGCAACACAGAGAAGAUCAAUUGGCAUCCUCUUUGAGAAGUGUGUUUCAUUGCACUUUGUGCCACUCUACCUUGCGUACACGUGCACUUACAUCUGCCGCUAACUCAAUGAAGGGAGUAGAGGCACCAGAGAACUCACACGUGGGCGGCCCGAACAGUAGCCUUUAUGUGGCGGAUGACGACCACGACGAUUUCGUCGUAAUUCUAUUACCAUGUAGUCAUUUAUUUUGUCGUCCGUGCGUGGGUUUGGAGGCUCCUCAAGGCCCUGCAGCAGAAGUGGGACGUGAGAACACUGCCGCCCACCCAGCAGAAGAGGCAGCGGCAGAGGUAGUGGCAACCGCGCCACCAGCACCACAUGACGGUGAGGCCAGUCGCGCGAAUAACAUCAACCCUUGCCUCAGUUCGGAGGGAGGUGUGGCUGCCUUCCACGAUGGGGAACAACCUGCCCUGGAUGCCCGCCCCGAAUCACGCGAGGGGCAGCCCUGGCAAUCGGAAGAGCCCCCUAUUCACGCAGAGGGGGCACAGUCAGAGACGAGAAUCGGCGGCGCCAACACUACAAGGGGGGAACCACGCCGGCGAAUCGCAAAAUGGAAGGAAGGGCUGUUGCGGUCCUUGCGAAGACUGAAAAGUAGGCGUACUCGCACCACUUCGGUUCGUGCUCAAGCCGAAGAAGAAAUUGUGGUGAAUAGUAUAAAACACAAAUGCCCUAAAUGCAAACAGGCUGUGAAGGACGUGCUCUUUCCCGAAAAUAUCCUUCAGUUGUAG